UAGGGAAACUUGGAAUCUACACUCGUUCACAUUUCACUUCCAACUUUCUCUGCCAGCCAGAGUCGAUCCAGCUCAUGCUCCUGUGUGCUCACCUAUCUGCGAACCCAUUUGCGAUGUGUGCCUAGAUCGCCAGGUUACUGCAGCACUGAGCUGCCAUGCAAGGUCCAACAUUGACAAUGUCCCCGGCUCUCAACGAUAAUGCCGCAUUCCCUCGUUCGCAUUCCUCUCCCAAUAUACCCGACCUAAUCAAUUUCGACUUUAAACAACCACCGAUACAGGAUGACGAGCUUCCCAGGUCGGCAAGUUUCACCAGCCUCCCAACCCUCGAUCUCCAGUACAAUUCCGAAAAGGAGCUACAGAAAUACGUGACUGCGGAUGUACCGGUAGAACCAUCAACCGAUUCGCAGACGGGAAAUGUUCAUAAUGGGAAGGGAGGAAACAAGUUGCAGAAAGAAGACCGGCCGAAGCUUGAGAGGGUCGGCAGAAGGAAGUCCUUGGUCUCACGACCAAAGUCAUGGAUCCAGAAGGUCAAGGGGGGCAGCCCAGAAAGGCGGAGUUCGUCCGACUUGAUUGACACUACACCAGCUGAUGCCCCUCCUGUGCCUCCAAUUUCCAAGGCUGUCCGGGACAGCAAAACCAAAACCGUAUCAGAGUCGUUUGCAACAUUUGCCCGGAAGUCAUGGAUGACGAGCUCAAGAUCACCAUCUCCAAAUCGAAAUAUUGGCAAGACGAAAGACAAUGAUGGACAAUCUGAGAGUGAAUCGAAGAUGACGGGAAGUCCAAUCACAUCCAGCCAGUCCGUGGUGCCUCCUUCGAAGCUGGAAUCCUCCCCUACGAAGCUCUCAGAUAGUUCGAAAAAGUCGAAGAAACUCUCUAUAACACCACAAAUGCUUAAAUCGAGACCACAGAGCAUCCUCAUGAAUUUCACAACUCUUAAAUCUGCCAACUCCUCGACGAGUAGCUUGCCAGGCAGCUCGACGGACGAGAGAUCAACGCCUAGGACAUCCACGGAUAAAGUCCCCCCUUUACCGAAGAACUUCUCUACCGAAAAGCUACAGAAUCUUACUGUCGAUCUUCCUCCUCGCCGGCGAGAUGAGUUGUGGUCGGCGUUCAGAUCUCUGGAGAAUGAUUACUCGAAAUUUCAAGCCAAGAGUUGGUCACUGAAGACAAAUGUAGUUCGAGCCUCACUCCUACCAUUUCUUCGAAACCAUGCCUCACAUCCUUCGAACAAGAAUCUGCGACCAGAAGAUCUCGAUCGUCGGAUAACCAUACUGAACAAGUGGUGGACUGGACUUUUGGAGGUGCUGGAUGGGAGGCAGAACCAGACAGUUAGUGGUGUGGAUAGGCCAAUUCUGCUCGAGGCAUGUUAUGCAAUCAUGACGAGACCAGAAUGGAGACUUGCUCCCUCGCACUUUGCUCCUCUAUCUGAACGCUCUCCGAACAGAUCCCCAGAAAGACGUCCACCGAUGUCAAGAAAAAAGUCAUCUGGAUCCCUCAGUUCUUCAGCCUCGCAGUUUAUGACUGAAUCAGUCUACCAUAAUACCCGAAACUUGUUCAUUCAGAACCUAUUGUCUCAGAUGAGCUUUGUGGUGGAUAAGAUGUCACUGAGACAUGCACCAGCAAGCCUCGUAACAUUCUGUGGGAAGGCUGCAGCAUAUGCGUUCUUUUUCGUCCCAGGUGUGGCGGAGGUCAUGGUCAGGAUAUGGAAGUUACAAGCUGAAGUUCUACGACGAGUUGCAGAUGAGCUUGGAAUGCCAAGGCGUCCGAAUAAGGUUGAUCAGGACGAGGUUAUUGCCCCCUUUCCGAACCAUAUGCAUUGCCUCGGGUGGUCUUCGGUUAAACAGAUGUCAAAUCAACUGAGACGAGAUCCGCAUUUGGCAGUUCUAGCUUCGAAGAUCAAUUGGUAUGGCCCUUGGGUUGCUCGAUGGUGUGGGCGAGACAGCGACUUGUUCUUUGUGUUCGCGAAGCAUUACCAUGUUCUAGCUGAGGAAUUUAUGCCUGCUGAGCUUCCUAUCAGGGAGAAAGCUCGUGCUCCAGGCUUCAUUCUUGUUCAGGCACAGAUCUUGACUGCUCUCGAUGGGACCAUCCACCGACAACCUGCCGCAGAACCGCCUCCGAUCACGUUUGACGAUGUUCUAGCAGGAGCUGAUGCUAGUGCAGCUGCAUUACCUAUGCCGUCGAGCAACUCUGCUAGGCCAAUGGCAGAAAAUCGUCUCAUCAUGCUCCUACGAGAUUUCAUAUCUGAGCGGCCGUCAGAUUACGAGAACGCAAGAUUAACCUUUGCUGAAACAUUCGGGAAAAUGAUGCAAGCGGCUGCCAAAAGGACAUCCUUAUUCGAUCACAAUGCAUGUUUCGUACUCUGCGAUUUCAUGGAAGAAGCUCUCACCAUAUUCGUACGAUUUCAUCACGCCCACGCGCUUGAAGACGAUUUUAUUGAUUGGUAUUUCUGGAUGGAUGUUUGCAGGAAAAUGCUCGAGAGUGAAAAUAGCAUGUCCGAAAUUAGGCUCUUUUCUUUCCUCUUUGGCGCAUGGAACGUAAUUACUAAUGACCCGAAACGAAAGGAGGUAUUGUGUUUGGAGUGGUUAUUGACCGAGGAUACGUUCGACAAAUUCUUCAAUCACUGGUGUCCGAUGGUUCGAGCCUAUUACAUGAGGCUGUUGGUUUGGCGACUUUGUCGAGAUGACGGUGAAGGCAGUGAUUUGGAUACUAAAAUUUACUGUGCGGUUUCGACUCGCGUCAAAUCAGUCUGGGCCAAUUACCUCUUCCUCAAGCAACAUGCCGAAAAAGCCCGUAUCUUGCCUCCGUCAACAGCACCAUGUUAUCCAGCUCCAGGUAGACGGUUAUUGAUCAUUCGAAAUGACAACCAGUCCCCAGCUGCUAACUUGUUUCUUGGCUUCGACGGAAUUGUCAACGCAUCUGGUACCACACAAGCCUCAGCAUACAAACGCCACUCCUCCCUCUCCGGCCUAGCCAAACUCAACACAGCAGAAACCAGCUCUCCAAAACCCACAUCCGACCUACCAACCACAGCACCAAACAAGAAACGUUGGACAUUCAUGGGCAAAAUGCUUCCCUCAGCCAUGACACCCACGCAAGAAACUGCAUCUCCAACCGAGCAACCCCGCGUCUCAAGCCCAACCAAGACCCUCGAAGAUGCACGCCGCGAAACAGCAAUCUCGCGCUCUCGUCCAACCCUACACAGCAAAUCCUCAUCAACAGACUCAGAAACCCCUCCGGCUAUCUCCUCCCAUCGCGCAUACUGCUUCAAAUUCUCCCUCGAAUGGGCUCGAGAUUUCGAGAAGACCCCUCCGCAGCCACAAUCCCAACCGGCUCGAGCUGGUGCAGAACGCCGCAUCUGUCCGCCUCGCCUCCCGUCCGCGGCGCAGGCGAUGCUCGGUGCGAAGGUCCCGGGUACGAGCAAGGAGAUCUCGGCCAAGGAUCCGGGGGCGAGAGGCAGGACGGCGAAGUAUGCUGGACGGGCGCUCGCAGAGUGGGCGUUGGUGGUGGGGGAGUGUAAUAAUUUUGUUGAGAGGCGGAGGAGUGAGGGCGUUCCGGGGUUGAAGUGGGUGGAGGUUCCUACGCUUGGGGUUGAAGGCUUUAGGAGAUUUGGGGGUGGUGGGUGAUGCGAGGAGAAGAUGGGCCAAAGUCAAGACAAGACGAAAUAAGUGAAGAUGAGACGGGUGCAGACC